AGUUAACGAUUGUGCCUGUAAAUAACCCGGAAGAAGAAAAUACGGCUCUAAAGCGGAUAUUACCGUGAAGCUGGGGUCAGAAGUUCUCUCUCACAGCCAUCUUGGAUAUAGCGUCCCGAGUCGCAACCAUGCCUAGUGAAGCCACAGAAACGGUCCCAGUCACCGAGCAGGAGAUGCAGCAGCCACAAGUGGAGACCGCCACAGGAGUAUUGAAUUCUUCUUCCCCUGAGAUGACUGUUCCUACAGUGAACAGAGCGAUCCCACUGGAGAAUCCUUCAGAAACCUCGGUUCCUGCUCAAGAGAUAAGUUCCCCAGAAGAAGCUAACAUUCAGACUAGUGGUGAUCAACCAAAUGGUGUUGCUGCAACUCAAGAAAUGACCAAGCAAACAGAGGAGAGUGGGUUGGAAGCAACACCUGUUUCACAGCAAGGGGAGACUGCUGACCCAGCAGGUGCUUCGGCUGGUUUGCCAGUUCCUGAAGAGUCCACGCCUUUUGCCGAGGCUCCAACUAAAGAGGUACAGUGUCAGGAGUCAGUUGUUGCUGCUGAAGAAGUGGCCACUGCAGAGGUUAAGCAGAUUUCUGUAGAAGAGAAGACCUCUGGAGAAGAGCUGGGAACAGUGGCAGAAAAAAUUCCUGGUGAUACAAAACCAUCUGCUCCUGAAGACGUUGGCGCAAACCGUGAAGAUGGGAAGAUGGCAGAGGGUACAAGGAAUCUUUGCCUGGAUGUAGCUCAAGAUGAAGUAUUACCUGGUGAUGUGAACAUCGAUGUGGCUACUCAGAACGAAAAUCUUGACAAGAAAGAACCUGUUAUACUUAUUUCCAAGGGCAUUCAGUCAAAGGGGACCUCCUGUGAGGGCCCACCUGUUUCCACUCACCACCUGUCAGGAUCCGGCACUGAGUCGGACAGCGAUGACUCAGUCCCUGAGCUGGAGGAACAGGACUCGACACAGACACAGACACAGCAAGCUCAGCUUGCAGCAGCUGCUGAGAUAGAUGAGGAACCUGUCAGCAAAGCCAAACAGAGCCGCAGUGAGAAGAAGGCACGGAAGGCAAUGUCAAAGCUUGGUCUCAGGCAGGUAACGGGGGUCACCAGGGUCACAAUUCGCAAGUCAAAGAACAUCUUGUUUGUCAUCACCAAACCAGACGUCUACAAGAGCCCUGCAUCAGACACAUACAUCGUCUUUGGUGAAGCUAAGAUUGAAGAUCUUUCCCAGCAAGCCCAGCUGGCUGCCGCAGAAAAAUUCAAGGUACAGGGAGAAGCUGUAUCAAACAUCCAGGAAAACACACAGACGCCAACAGUACAGGAGGAGAGCGAAGAAGAAGAGGUUGAUGAGACCGGAGUUGAGGUCAAGGACAUUGAACUCGUCAUGUCACAAGCCAACGUGUCGCGGGCGAAGGCUGUACGCGCCCUGAAAAACAACAACAACGACAUUGUCAAUGCUAUUAUGGAGUUGACAAUGUAAUGGGACCCUGUCAAUGCAGAGUUGGAGAAAGGUUGCUGAUUUAAUCUAAGCUCGUUUAUACAAUUUAUACCCAAGAUGGAAAUAAAGUUGUGGCUUGAUAAAAUGAAA